UACCGAGCGGUCGCUUCGUUCAAACCAGACCUUGUUUCACACUCUCUGAUUACAUCUCAAGACACAAUCAGCAAAAUAGUCAGUUGUCAACUCUGAAACUACGCAGCAGCUCUUCCUGUUAAACUACCAUGACAUCCAAUAACAGUUCACAUCACUGUGGUACUUCAACUCAGGAACUGGUGGCAUCUGUCCUUCCUCCUAUACUCAUCAUUGAGCUGUUACUCGGCCUGCCUGGCAAUGUCAUGGCACUGUGUGUCUUCAGCAAAACCUUUAGGACUUGGAGGGCCAACGUUAUGUUCCUCUUCAACCUGGUUUUGUCUGACUUUCUGCUUCUCAUCAGCUUACCUUUCCGCAUCGACAACUUCAUAGGUGGCGAGAGUUGGACAUUUGGAGACGCCUGGUGUCGGAUCAACCUAUUCAUGCUGUCAGUCAACCGUUCGGCUAGCAUUGCCUUCAUGAGCGCUGUGGCUGUUGACCGCUACUUUAAAGUGGCCCAUCCGCAUCACAAAAUCAAUUACAUAAGCACAAAACAAGCAGCAGGGGUUGCCUGCUUCAUCUGGGCUGUUGUGAUAUCCCUGAGAAUCCCUUUGCUGGCCAACAAACUUCUGGAGAACACCUCUCUUUGUAGGAGCUUUAGCAACUAUGAGAAACCAUCACUAGGUAUCCAACUGCAUUAUACCGUGUUUGCCUUAGAGUUCUUUCUGCCUUUACUACUCCUGGUCUUCUGCUCCGUGCGUAUUGCAUGUAUCCUACGUACACGCAAGUUGGACAAGGUCAAGAAAGGGAAAAGGGCUAUUCGGACUGUCCUGGUGAUCGUUGGGGUUUUUGUCCUUUGCUUCUUUCCCAGCAUCAGCACAGGAUUGGUGGCACUCUAUUUAAAAAAGCUUGGACCUAAGUACUGUGAUGCUUACACAUUCACCAGUCAGUUGUUUUCUACAUCCAUAGCCUUCACCUAUCUAAACAGCGCUCUGGACCCGGUCAUCUACUGCUUCUCCAGCUCUAUCUUCCGCAAUUAUUUGAAAAGAGUUGUCAACCGAACUGGAUUCAUGGAGCUACAGAUGAGCCGACGCGUCAGUAUGCCCAGCGGAAGUGACUGAGAGUGGAUUGGGGAUUGAUGAGCAUUGGACAGUGUACAAACUGCUUAAUAUACUUUUAUUUUUUCCAUUAUAGUUUUAUUUGUCAAAUCUUCUUUUUGAUACAUAUACGAACUAUUGUA